AUGGCCGUCGCUUCCGCGUGGGCCAAGCCUGGCUCUUGGGCCCUCGCCGCCGAGGAGCAGGACGAACUGCCCCCGCUGGCGCCGCCCGUCGUCCCCGCCGCUGACUUCCCCGACCUCGCCACUGCCGCCACCACCAAGGUCCCCAAGAAAAAGAAGGCCCAGCCCAUCCCUCUUGCCGAGUUCAACACGGGCAAGUACGUUCUGCACUCUUCUCGCAGGCCCGCCUCCGAAGAGAUUCCCGACCUCCCCAAGGGUCCCCGCGAGCGCACCGAGGAGGAGCUCGCGAACACUCGCGGCUUCGGGGCCGCGCGCUGGGGCGGUGCCGGAGGAGGUCCCCGUAGUUCCGACGAGCCGCGGCGCGGGGGAUCAGACCGCGAGGACAUCGCCCCGUCGCGCGCAGAUGAGGCUGACGAUUGGGGUGCUGGCAAGAAGCCCUUAGAGAGGAGGGAGAGGAUGGGAGGAUUUGGCAUGGAUUCGUCGGCGUCACGCGCUGAUGAUGUCGGAGACUGGGUGUCCACCAAGAGGACGGCUGUUGCCCCAUUCCCUGAACGCAGGGAGCGCGUCGGUGGGGGUUUCGGAGGCGACUCGCACUCUCGCGCUGAUGACUCCGCAAGCUGGGUUUCCAACAAGAGCUCUUCUGUGCCACUGCCACCCCCACCUGCUGACAGCAAGAGGGGUGGGCCAGUUUGGGGUUUCAACAGAGAUGGUAGUGCUGAUGAUGAUUCUUGGUGUAGGAGGGAGGAGAUGAGUAAUGUUGGUGGCAGCCGGGCUGGUCGGCCCGGUCUCAAUUUGCAAAAGCAGACGUUGCCUCUUUCGAAUUGCACUGAUGGAGAUAAGUUGGAUAAUACAGAUGGGAAUGAGGAUAACAAAGAGAAGGGAGAGCAGAUACCAAAAAGCAAGUCUUCAAACCCGUUUUGCGCAGCCCGCCCUCGUGAGGACGUCCUUGCUGCGAAGGGGCAGGACUGGAGGGAAGAGCCUAAAGUGGAUAAGUUAGAGAUUCAACCGAGAGCUAGAUCUUCCAACCCAUUUGGAGUUGCUCGCCCACGUGAGGAGGUUCUUGCUGAGAAGGGGGAGGAUUGGAGGAAGAUUGAUGAGAAACUUGAGGCGAUGAAGGUGCGGGAGGCACUGCUGGAGAGGUCCUUUGGGUGGAGGGGUUCCCCAGCUGUAGGAGAGGAGAAUGGGAGUGCUCAACUACCAGUAACUCGGGCUAAAAGAGCUGGGAAGAAGCCUGAUGCAGUUGCAGCUGCAAACGAAUCUGAGGAAGGGUUUGACAAUUGA